UUGGCGAUUUCUGUUUAUUGAUAGCGAGGUAAAUCAGUCUAAAUCUCUUUCUGCAUUUAAAAUAAAUUUUAAAAUCACUAGGAUAGUAUGGAAUAGGCUGAUAUUUUGUCAUGUAUUCAUUGUCUAUGUGUGUUUUUUGUGUGUAUUUCUUCUGUWUUUGAAAACUGAUUGUAACAGUCUUCUGAGUUAAAUAGCCAACAUCCUAUUAAUGUGAAUAGAGGGCAGAUAUAAGUUUAUAUUUCUUUCUGUUCCUUUUCAGUCAUGAGUUCUUCAGUUGUCACAUUUAUUAAUGACUGAAUCAGAUGGAUGACUAAUUUACUGAAAACACCAUUUGUCAAGAUUAGAUAUGAUGUUUAUGACAGGGCAGGAGGAUAUCUUGUGCCACCUGACUUGUUAAGAAGUUUUUAUUAUUUGUAUUGAGCAGUCUUUUUAUUUUGCUCUCGUGUUUUUGCAGAGAGAUCCAAAUGGCAUCUGUAACGUCGAGAGCAGCCAACGGCGUCUGUUCUCAGGAAAUCUUCAGUCAGGUUUAAUCCUAAAGUUAUUUCUAACUUAAAACCUGAGGAAAACAGCUUUAAACCGAGGCCAGGAUGCAGCAGUCAGACACUCAGUUCUCCAAACUGCGGUGGUCAUUAACCCUCGGGGGGUUGUUCUUGUAUGUGGGGGACAUCGGGACGGACAUCGGACUGGCUUUGAUGUAUUUUCAUGAGUCCCAGUAUGCUUGGAUGGGAUUGACGGUAAUGUUUAUCCUGACUGGGAUGCUAGUGACGCAGAUCUUCAGCUACGCCUGGUUCUGGGAUGAUAUGAAGAACGGAGAGCGAAUCGCAGCUGGCAGGUCAAAGCGGACGUUUACUGCCCUGCAUGUGUUUGGCAUGGGGAUCUUCACGAGGUAUUAUCACCUGCUGAAAGAAGGAUUCGAGGUUUGGACGACGACAAAUUCAAACAAGGCAGAAAGUCUCGAAAAGCACCACCAACUUUUCAACAUGGCUUCUGAUCUGAGCAUGCUGAAGCUUUUUGAGACCUUCCUGGAGAGCGCUCCCCAACUGCUUUUACAGCUUUAUAUUCUAGGAUUUAACGAGUGGCCGCUCCUGCGAAUUUUCUCUGCGGCCUUCUCUUUCUGCAACAUGGCCUGGUCCUUGGUGGACUAUCGAAGCUGCCUCCGCAGGUCUCUUCCUGGCGUCACAGGCAUGCCCCCAGGCCUCCCCACGGCCGUCUACCUCCUCUACAAGCUCGGCACCAUCACCAGUGCGAUUCUCUCCUACAGCCUCCUCCUCACGCUCAGCGUCUACAGCGCGAUCGCCUUCACCGUCUUCUGGCUGCUGGGGACAACGUGGGCCCACUGGCUCCGAACCGACUUCUGCACGUCCAGAGUGCUUGAGCUCCUGUACCGGGCUGUGGUGGGAGUUAUCCUCGUUUUCAGCUUUUUCAAYGUGAAAGGACAAAAUACCAAAGAAGCAAUGCUUUUAUAUUACUUUUCUCGCAGUGUUGUAACUGUCAUGGCUCCAWUGCUGUUGGCUUUUUUAAAACCAGAGCUGCAGAACACUGUGUAUUUUUGUACAGUUUGUGGAUUAGUCUCUGGAGGUUUGUUGGUGGGGCUGCUUUGUCUCGUUUUGUAUUAUCGCUUCCUGCACCCUGAAGCCUGUGAACCAGAUGAGUUGGAUGGACCGAAGAAAGASACAGCAAUGGUAAAAAGAUUAAGGACAUGUCUUCAGCCUUGACUGAAUGUGUUUUAGAACUGUUUCUUUAGCUGUGAAUGGUAAACACUUAUUUAUCAGAGAACUCUGACCUGUACGGUCUCAUCAAGUCACCAGGCUGAUGCAGGUCCUGAUUAUCACCCACUACCGAAAGUAG